AUGAUGCCCCCGCGGGGGGCGGUGGGCUCCUGCCGCCGGCGGCGCCUGGCGCCCCUCAACGAGGACAACGGGCGGUUCCUGCUGCUGGCCGCCCUCAUCGCGGCGUACCUGAGCGCCGGCGCCACCGUCUUCUCGGCCCUCGAGAGCCCGUCGGAGGCGGCGGCGCAGCUCCGCUGGAACCGGACCCUCCACAACUUCAGCCGCAUCUUCAACAUCAGCCUGCCGGAGCUGCGCGCCUUUCUGCGGAGCUACGAGGCGGCCAUGGCCGCGGGCAUCCGCGUCGACGCCCUGCGGCCCCGCUGGGACUUCCCCGGCGCCUUCUACUUCGUGGGCACCGUGGUCUCCACCAUAGGUUUUGGAAUGACCACGCCAGCAACCGUGGCUGGAAAAGUGUUCCUCAUCGUUUAUGGCCUUUUUGGGUGUGCCGGGACCAUCCUCUUCUUCAACCUCUUCCUGGAGCGCAUCAUCUCCCUGCUGGCAUUCAUCAUGAAGGCGUGCUACGAGAGGCAGCUGCGAAGGAGUGGUCUCCUACCUCCCAACUUCCGAAAGGGGCCAGCCGUGUCUGGGGUGGGCAGCCUCGUGGGCUGGAAGCCGUCCGUUUACCACGUGAUGCUGAUCCUGGGAAUUUUUGCUAUCGCCCUUUCCUGCUGCGCCUCGGCCAUGUACACGGCAGUGGAAGGGUGGAACUACAUUGACUCCUUGUAUUAUUGCUUUGUCACCUUCAGCACCAUCGGCUUUGGAGAUUUGGUAAGCAACCAAAACGCUGUGUACCAGCAUCAGGGAUUAUACAGAUUCGGGAACUUCAUGUUUAUAUUAAUGGGAGUAUGUUGCAUAUACUCCCUUUUUAAUGUCAUCUCGAUCGUAAUCAAACAAAUUUUGAACUGGGUGUUGAAAAAAUUCGAAUGCAGAUGUUGCCCAAAGUGCCAUAAAUCCAGUACCCGCCUCAGCCGUCGCAACGCCAUCACCCCGGGGGCCCGCCUGCGCCGCCACAACGUGGCCAGGGACGCUGACGGGCAGUACGACAGUGACACCGAGGGCAGGAGGCUCUCCGGGGAGAUGAUCUCCAUGAGGGAGCUCACUGCGUCCAGCAAAGUCUCCCUGGCCAUCCUGCAGAAGCAGCUGUCCGAGACGGCCAACGGGUACCCGAGGAAUGUGUGUAUCAACACGAGACAGAACGGGUUCUCGGCGGGGGUGGGGGCUCUGGCCAUCAUGAACAACCGCUUGGCAGAAACGAGUGAUUCUAGGUAG